AUGGUUCUGAGUGAGGAUUUUAAAUAUGUAAAGUUAAAUAACGGCAUAUCAAUGGACAAUGAAUUAGAAGAUAACUUAUUUAAAUUCAAUAUUUUAUCAAGGAUUUGAAAUGUCCUGUAUUGGAGAAAAGAAAGUUUGCUUGGGAUUUGUAUUACUUCGAUACGCUGUUACGAGGUCGUGGUUGUAUCACAUUAGAAGAAAAAGAAGCGGUAAACGCUGUUGAAACUUCAUUCAAAAAAUUUGUGAAACCACGAUUUGAUGUUCUUCCAAAGCAAUGUAUCCAUGGUGAUAUCAACGAUGCGAAUAUACUUGUCCACACCAAUCCUGGUACGAAUGAGUUGGAAGUCACUGGUUUAAUUGAUUUUGGAGAUGUGAAUUAUACUUGCCGAGUUUUUGAUAUUGCCAUCGCCGCAGCUUACAUGAUGACUGUAGCCGAAGACAACGGAAUUAAAGCUGCCGCCAACACGGUCGCUGGCUUUCAUGACAAAUGUCCACUAACACAAGAUGAAAGUGAUGUUAUCUUUUGCUGUAUUAAAGCCAGACUGUGCCAGAGCGGUUGUUUUGGCGCACAUUCCAGCAAGGUGUAUCCAGAUAAUGCUAAAUAUUUGUCAUAUAGUGCAACCAAAGCGUUGAAAAUCGUAGCAACUCUAGAGGACAUUACUAACGAAGAUUUUGAUAAAAGUUGGAGAGAUCUUUGCAAGAACUGA